AUGGCCGGAGGAGGCGGAGGAAGAUCACUGGAGCAAACUCCGACAUGGGCAGUUGCUGUAGUUUGUUUUGUUUUAGUUGCUGUUUCUAUUUUCAUCGAGUACAUCAUCCAUCUUAUUGGAAAGUGGUUGAAGUCGAAACACAAAAAUGCUCUAUAUGAAGCACUUGAAAAGAUCAAAUCAGAGUUGAUGCUGCUGGGAUUUAUAUCCUUGUUGCUAACAGUAGGACAAGGUCCAAUUUCAGAUAUAUGUAUAUCUGAAAAAAUUGGAGCAACAUGGCACCCUUGCGAUAAACCGCAAGCGGACGGACAUCGCCGAAAACUUCUCGUGUAUGGUGGCGCACGACGGGUGCUGGCUGCUGCCAGUACUGACAAAUGUGCACGCAAGGGUAAAGUUCCUUUUGUGUCUGCUGAUGGUAUUCAUCAGCUACAUAUAUUCAUCUUUGUUUUGGCUGUUUUUCAUGUCCUCUAUUGUAUCCUCACUCUGGCUUUGGGAAGAGCCAAGAUGAGACGUUGGAAAGCAUGGGAAAAGGAAACACGAACAGUCGAGUACCAGUUUUCCCAUGAUCCUGAACGAUUUAGGUUUGCGAGAGAGACAUCAUUUGGAAGAAGGCAUUUGAGCUUUUGGAGCAAAACACCCUUUCUACUAUGGAUUGUUUGUUUCUUUAGGCAAUUCGUCAGGUCCGUCCCUAAAGUAGAUUAUUUGACCCUAAGACAUGGAUUUAUUAUGGCACAUUUGGCACCUCAUAGCCACACAAAUUUUGAUUUUCAAAAGUAUAUCCAAAGAUCAUUGGAAGAGGAUUUCAAAGUGGUUGUUGGAAUUAGUCCACCAAUCUGGCUCUUUGCUGUGCUGUUCUUACUUUUCAACGUUCAUGGCUGGCAUUCUUAUCUUUGGCUCCCAUUUCUCCCAUUGAUUAUCAUAUUGCUAGUCGGGACCAAGCUACAAGUGAUAAUAACUAAAAUGGGGCUAAGAAUCCAAGAGAAAGGCGAGGUUGUUAAGGGUGUAGUUGUCGUCGAGCCUGGAGACGAUCUUUUCUGGUUUAACCGUCCUCGUCUCAUCCUCCACCUCAUUAAUUUCGUCCUAUUUCAGAAUGCAUUUCAACUUGCCUUCUUUGCCUGGAGUACAUAUGAAUUCAGUUUGGGAUCUUGUUUCCACGAACAUAAGGACGAUAUCGUUAUUAGAAUCUCAAUGGGGGUUCUUAUACAGAUUUUAUGCAGCUAUGUCACUCUACCGCUUUAUGCCCUUGUAACUCAGAUGGGGUCAACGAUGAAACCAACCAUAUUCAACGAUAGAGUAGUAGCCGCUCUUAGAAAUUGGCACCACACAGCCAGAGAAAAUGUUAAGCAAAACAAAUCGAGGGCGGGAACACCAAUGCCAAGUCGACCCACAACGCCCUCCCAUGGAACGUCGCCUCUGCAUCUCUUGCGCCAUUAUAGAAGUGAAAUUGAAAUCAACAGUCUCCACAUUUCUCCACCAAAAUUGAUCUAUGAUACUGAUCAUUCGGACACCAAGAAAUCACCUUCUCCCAAGCACUGCCAUCAAGGUGGCGGAUCAUCGGUGUACAACGACGACAUUGAGCUAGGGUCACGAGGUGGAGCUUCACCUCGAGCAGGUGGUGGUCCCCAAUCUUUAUAG